UUGAUGUUUAAUAAUAAAGCAACACUAAAUUAUUAAUGAGAUAUAAUUAAUAGGUAUAUACACCCACUAAUCAAUUGGGUAAAACAAGAGAUGAGUGUUUAUUAGGCCUUAGAGUUAAACUAAAAUCAUGAAUAAAAACAAGAUUAUGGAUAACGGCAUAACAAUUUACAGGAAAAUAGAACACAGCCUGUCUUUCCUUCAAUUUUAUACAAAACUAUUGGAAAACUUUCUUUAUAUACCUUCUCUUCUUCCUCCUCCGCUCUCUCCAUCUUCCAAGAAAGACUUCAUUUUUCCAUUAUUUGCUCAGUGAGAGAGAGACAGAGUUUCAAGAGCAAUGGCAAAGAUGCAAUUAUCAAUCUUUAUCGCCGUGACGCUUCUCGUCUGCUCAACAAACGCCAAAACCACAAGCCCUCCGGCUCCAAUGCUGCCGCCGUCACCAGCCCCGGCACCGGCUCCACACCACGUGAAUCUCACUGAGCUUCUAAGCGUAGCCGGUCCGUUCCACACGUUCCUCGAUUACCUUCUCUCAUCAGGAGUCAUUGAAACAUUCCAAAACCAAGCCAACAACACAGAGGAAGGAGUGACAAUCUUUGUCCCAAAAGACGAUGCUUUCAAGGCCCAGAAGAACCCUCUUUUGUCAAACCUCACAAAGGAUCAGCUUAAGCAGCUUCUUCUCUUCCACGCUCUUCCUCAUUACUACUCUCUCUCCGAAUUCAAGAACUUGAGCCAAUCUGGUCCGGUUAACACCUUUGCUGGUGGACAAUACACCCUGGAAUUCACUGAUGUUUCCGGUACGGUUCGGAUUGAUUCUCUAUGGACCAGGACUAAAGUCAGCAGCAGCGUUUUCUCCACUGAUCCUGUAGCGGUUUACCAAGUGAACCGGGUGCUUUUACCCGAAGCAAUCUUUGGUACUGAUGUCCCUCCAAUGCCAGCUCCAGCUCCUGCUCCUGUGGUUAGCUCUCCUUCUGAUUCGCCUUCUGCUGAUUCAGAAGGAGCCAAUGCUUCUUCACCAAAGUCCUCACACAAGAACUCCGCAAAGACACUGGCUUUGGCUCCAUUUGCCAUGGCGGUUUCCGGUUUGGUAGCAUUGUUCUUGUGAGACAGGAUGAUGAAUUGGGUUUUGCAGGUUGAGUGUGCUCUAAGUUACAAUUUGUGAAAGAGAGAUUUGUAUUACAUCAUAUUCCAAAAUUUCCUUUUGAAUAUCUUGAACACCCAUUUUUUAUUUUAUACAUUUUAUCAUUAUUAUUGCCAUUUAUCAGUCUCUAUUAAUUGAGAUUGUUCCUCCAUUUGUGUGUGUGUGUGUGUUUUUUUUUUCUUUAGUUGAUUUUGCUUCAUUUGCAAGCUAAGAUGAUACCAUUUCAUAAGAUGUUAAAAAUUCCUCUCUUUUAAUUUAAUUUCCGAAAACUAAAUUAUUACGUCAUAUAUUUUAAUAAUUAAGAAAAUACUUACAUGGAUUCAUUCAUCAUAGCUGUAUGAAUUUGGUCCACUCAGAGAGAAAGAAAAUGGCGUCUCAGUUCUUUAUACCAUCAGCAAACGCCACAAGUGGCGGCGGAGACGCCGUUUAUGUGGCCACUGUGCCUCUUAGAGCGGCGUCUGGUCCGCCGCAGCUUAUGAUGUCGAUGGCUUGCUCACUUAAUCUCAGAAAUUUACAACAUUCCAUGGUUCUCAUCAAACCUUCUUCUCCAACUCCAAAAGAGAUAGUCGUGUUUGAUUUCCAGCCAAUUAAUCCAGAAAGUACAGAAGCAGCCAUCUCAAUUUUAUCAAGAAAAUCGAUUCCAGGAGUAAUUUUGCAAAGAAACUUGAAGAACAUUCCAAGACAAAGAUGUUGGAUGGUUGGAUCAUCUAAUGGGAAUAAUGCAAUGGAAAUGGCAAUUGAGUUUAAUAAAUCAUGGGAGACUGAUCUUAGAGUCGGUACUCAUGAUUGCACCCAUUAUACCAAUGAACUUGUCCAACAUCUUACCGGAGAAAUACAGAUAGUGGAGCGACUCCAAAGAAGCUACAUCAGUUAAUAUAUACAUCAAUAAUUGAUGAAAAAGAUUUUCAUUUCUCUACCAAAGUUUAUUAGAUGCUCUAUUUUAUAAUAAGUAGGCUUGGGAGUUUGGUUUGAACCGAAUAGAACCAAACCAACCAAACCAAUUUUUUGAUUUUCCGUUUUCAUUCACUUUAGAGCUGCAAACCGAACACAUUUUCAAAUUUAUUGUGAUUUUUUGUUUGGCUCGGUUUGGUGGUCUCUAACCGACUAGUUCUUUGGUUUUUGAUACUUUAUUACGAACCAGAGAAUCAAGAGAUGAUAGAGAGAAACUUUGUUAUACAAAUGAUUUUCUGAUUAAUUUCAAAAGUAAACGUUACAA